AUGCCCGUACCCAUGCCCCUCCCCAUCCCUCCCCACUCUUCCCCUUGCCCCUCAGGCAUUGCAAGACGCCCAUCCAGAGCACAUGCUCUGCAAGACGCCCAUCCAGAGCACAUGUUCGCUGUGCUGGCACUCAUGGCAUCUCAACGCGUGCUGCCCAAUCGCAACAGCCUGGGUGCUAUGCUGGCAGCGUGUGAGGCUGCCAACUCGCCACGUGGCGCUGCCAGGGUGUACCUCAGCGUGGUUGACACGUGGCGCGACGGGAUUGGCCGGGAGGGAAGUGGAGGCGGUGGGGGGGAGGAUGGGGAGGAGUGGGAGGGAGAGGAAGGGGAGGGAGGGGGCGUGGUUGAUGCGAUUCUCAGGGCUCAAGAGGGACCACGAGGGGGGAAGCAGCAGCAGCAGAAGGAGAGACAGCAGCAGAAGCUGAAGCAGCAGCAGCAGGGGGAACAGCAGGAGGAGAAGCAGCAGCAGCAGCGGCAGAAGCAGGAGGAGAAGCAGCAGCAGAAGGAGGGACAGCAGAAGCAGAAGGAGGGACAGCAGAAGCAGAAGCAGAAGAAGGGACAGAGGCAGCAAAGGGACGAGGAGGAGGAGGAGGAGGAGGAGGAGGAGGAGGAGAGGGAGGGUCAGCAGGGGCCGAGGAGCCCCAGUAUGGAGAUGGCGGAGAGGGUGGUGAGGCUGUGCCGUGAGGGGCUGCUGGCAGGGCAAGCAGUGGAGGUGCUUGAGGGACUGCUGGCCAAUGGGAUCGUGCCAUCUGUCAAGUGCUACAGUGAUGUUAUCCAUUGUCAAUCGUCUCUCGGCCAAUGGCAGCAAGCCCUCUCCACCCUCUCCCAAGCCCUCUCUCUCAGCAUAACCCCCUACUCCUCCGCCCUCCUCGCCCUCGCCCACUCUCUCGCUUCCGCCGGCAAAGAGCAAGAAUGCUACCAAGUCCUUCGUGUCUACUUCACCCGUGCACGCGCCGUUGACCUAGCUGUGUUCUGGGGUGUGGGAUUACAUGUGCUGGCAGCAGCAGGGGAGGAGGAGAGGCUGGAGAAGAUAGAGGGGUUGGUUGGGCCGUUUGGGUUGCAGAUGGAAAUGGGUGUGGGUUUGGGUAUUAGCAUGAGUAUGGUCUUUCCUGCACGGCCGGUGCUGCAGUAUGAAGGCCUCGGCGAGGAGUUCAGUGCGGUGACCAGGACAGCGACAGAGACAGCGACAGCGACGCUGCUGGGAGAACAGGAGCAGCAGCAGCAGCAGCAGCAGCAACCGUUCUCCUUUCGAUGGCCCUCUGACAUCCAUUCUAGCGAUAAGAGCGAUGAGAGCGAUCAGGAUGCUGCUCAGGCCCUUCCCUACACCUACUCCAGUGACCUCCUCCUCCUCUCCUCCCUCCUCUCCAUCCAAAUCGACCGAGGAGAUUUUGACGAUGCAAUGCACACCGCACAGUUCAUAGUCAACGAGCGCCUAGUCAAUCGAAACAGGGAUAUUAGGGGGGGAGAGUCCUACAGAGGGAUUCAGGGAGGGAGUAUGCUGCGGAGGGCCGACCCGGCCUUCUUCCCUCUGGUGAUCGGGUUUUUCCGGCUGACGAGGCUGAUUCCGGUGGUGGAGGGGCGGACGAAGCAGCAUCUGUCGGUGCUGCUGCUGCUGCUCAUGUCGCACGCCGUGCUGUGCGGGGCGCCGCCACUGGUGUCGGGGUUUCUGGUUUCGGGGUGGGCUAAGGCGAAUCAGGAGGAAGGGGAGUCUCCUGUUGUAAGGGAGGAGGGGGGAGGAAGGGGAGGGAGAGGGGGAGGGCGAGGGGGAGGGGGAAGGGGACGGGGUGGGGGAGGGAGAGGAGGAGGGAAGGGGAGUGGAGUGAGGGGAGGGAAGGGGAGGAGAGCGGGGGGGGAAGGGCAGGGGCAGGUUAGUAAGGGGUUUGGAGGAAGAGGGUUUGAGAGUGAUAAGAAGGGGUUUGAGAAGGAAAAGAAGGGGUUUGAGAAGGAAAAGAAGGGGUUCGGAGGCGUGAGGAGGCCGAAACAGGUGGGGAGGGAGAAGGAGGGGGAAAGGGUGUAUUUCGGAGCGGAGCAAGCAGGAGGGGUGGAGGGGUCGGGGAGUGAGGGAGAGGGAGAAUGGGUGCUGUUGGCCUCUAUGGAAUGGGAGGGUAGCAAUGGUAGUGGCAACGAGGGUAGCGAUGGGAAUGAGGAGGAUACCAGCAGCAGCAGCUCUGCUAGACGGCCACGUGCUGACGUGGACUCAGACACCGCUGGCUUGGAUCCCAGCACUGCUGACGUGGCAGACAAGAAAACCUCCAGCAAGGAAGAUGCUGACCCGGACGAGCUCGUAGACGACAUCGACAGCAACGCCGACCCAGCAUUCAUGCACGUCCCACCGCGCAUUCUCGCCGAAUUCCGUUCCUUCCUCACCCUCCCGCCCUGCCCCAUCGAGCCCACCCGUGCCGUUGCCAACGCCAUUAUUGACACGGCCUAUUCCCUGCAUCUCACCCAAGCAGCUGCGGAUUUUUUCUACGCUGCGAACGAGGCACGGAUGUUCCCGGACCUGUUCCGAGUGGAACGGGAUUCGCUGGUGCUGUCACUCAGGCUCGUGUCGCCGGCCGGGGCUGAGUUAAUAACUGCUGGGUUCUUCUGCCUCUGGUGCGAGAAAUCUGGACCAUUGCCGUCGUUGAUCCUCCGUCAGACGGGUUUAGAUACGCUGGAUGAUUUCAGGGUUGUGGAGGGUUCAAGGGACCCGAUUCCAGGGUUUAGGGACCCUAUGGGGGGGACAGGAAUGGGUAUGGGGCUGAGUCCUGAGUUUGAACUGCUGGAGAAUUUGUCUGAGAUGGGGCGAGCGCUAGGGGGUGGUGGUGGUGGAAGGAGUGUGGGGGGUGUUCAAGUGAAGGAGGUUAGGAUUGAGAUUCCUGGGGAAGAUGAGAGGGUUUAUGAGAGAGAGUUGGUGCGGAUGGGGGUGGGGAAAGCAGUGAAGAUGUUGGAAGUGCCUGGGCAGUUGGAGGAGGGGGAGGAGGCGUGGGGGUGUGUGUGGAGAUGUGGGGUUGACAAAAUGGAGGCAUGGGGGAAGUGGGCAGCCAUGGCAGCCACAUCUCAAGUAGCCUUCCCUGCCGCCUACACAGCCGCGCCCGCCGCCCGCGCUACUGCGUGCUCCGCGCGCGUUUCCCUCCGCACACCUUCCUUCUCCGCGCAAGCCCUUCCCGCGGUGCGCGCAUUCCCCGCGCGGGCGGAGCGCGUCGUCGCUCCGCGCGCGGCGGUGGCGGAGGCGGGGAGCGAGGCGGCGGCGGAGGAACCUAAGAAGGUGAAGGUGCUGUCCGUCAAGGAGGGCAAGCAACGGCUGCUCCUUAAAUUCGUCUGGCUCGAGAAGAACAUCGGGAUUGCCGUGGACCAGAUGAUUCCCGGGCAGGGCACUGUUCCGGUCAGCUCGUACAUGUUCUGGCCGCGCAAGGAUGCCUGGGAGGAGCUGAGGGAGCUGCUGGAGAGCAAGCCGUGGCUGUCGCGCAAGCGGGUGAUCAUUCUUCUUAACCAGGCCACUGAUAUCAUCAACCUCUGGCAGCAAACCACCUUCAAGCCUUGA